AUGGAAGGGUCCAUCCAGCUCCUGGCCUGCUUGGCGUGUGUCCUCCCGAUGGGUUCACUCGUGAGAACUGAAAGAGAAACUAUUGAGAAUUUGCUCAACACAGACGCGCACAGCGCACCUUCGCAGCGCUGGUCCAUGCAGGUGCCCGCCAAGGUGAGCGCGGUGGCGGGCGACGCGGCGGUGCUGCCCUGCACCUUCACGCACCCGCACCGCCACUACGACGGGCCGCUGACGGCCAUCUGGCGCGCGGGCGAGCCGUACGCGGGCCCGCAGGUGUUCCGGUGCGCGGCGGCGCGCGGCAGCGAGCUCUGCCAGACCGCGCUGAGCCUGCACGGCCGCUUCCGCCUGCUGGGGAACCCGCGCCGCAACGACCUGUCCCUGCGCCUGGAGCGCGCGGCGCUGGCCGACCGCGGCCGCUACUCGUGCCGCGUGGAGUUCUCCGGGGACGUGCAGGACCGCUACGAGAGCCGCCACGGCGUGUGGCUGCAGGUGACGGCUGCGCCUCGAAUCGUCAACAUCUCGGUGCUGCCGGGCCCCGCGCACGCCUUCCGAGCGCUGUGCACAGCCGAAGGAGAGCCGCCUCCCAUCCUCUCUUGGUCAGGCCCAGCCCUGGGCAAUGCCUCGGCCACCGCCGCCGCCGCCGCUGAGCAAGGUCAGGGUCACGGUUACCAGGUGACCGUCGAGCUGCCGGCGCUGACCCACGAUGGCCGCUACACGUGUACCGCAGCCAACAGCCUGGGCCGCGCCGAGGCCAGCGUCUACCUGUUCCGCUUCCACGGUGCUGCGGGAGCCUCGGCCGCCGUGGUGCUCCUGCUCUGCGCGCUUGGCCUCAAGGCCCUGCUGCUGCUGGGCAUCCUGGUCACCGGAGCCGCCCGCCGCCGCCUAGAGCACCUGGAUACCCAGGAUUCCCCUCCACGGCUUCAGGCUCAGGAGUCCAAUUAUGAAAAUUUGAGCCAGAUGACCGCCGAGUCCCACCAGCUGCCACACGUUUCCCACAAGGAGCCCCUCAGCCACCAGCAUGCAGCUGCGCACCAUGAGGAGGAUGGUGUCAGGCUCGUCCAGUGUAGUCCCUUCCUAGUUCCGAGGCAUGUUGGCAACCCUGGACCAGACCAACCCUAAGGACCCUGUAAAGACGUUCAUCUGGCCUCCAACUUGGACAUCUGUGAGAUUAUGUCAGUAGAGCAGAUGCUAAAUGUAUGCAUGUGUGUGUGUGUGUGUGUGUGUGUGUGCACGCACACACACGUGCACAUGCAUGAGGGCCUUGGCAUGAAACUUCUGAAAAACUCAUUCUUUCUUACCUAGUACCACCUAGUCAAGCAGACAGGAAACUGACCAUAAGGCCUAGAGGUCCAGGUUUCAUCCUGCUCAGAACAACUGGCAGUGUGGCCUGGGAUGCAGUCUUCACCUCCCGGGGGCUCAGUUCUCCGACUGUUGAGCAUGUAUUCUUUCCUCACAGCUGGCCAAUCUAUCUAGAUCUAUGGGAACAGUGAACAUGAAGGGGCUCUGUGAAGCAUACAGUGGUCUCCACGGUGAGCCUUUGGACAUGCAGGAUUCUUGCUUAGCCUUAUGGAGGAAAAAGCUCUGCGGAGAACAGCAAAUCCUGGAGACCUGGUAGCAGGGAGAGGCCUGGAGCUCUCGCUGUGAUCUCCAGUAACUGCCCCAGCCCUCUGCUCACGCUGUAUCACGACAGCUGCCUCCACACUGCCUGGAGCCAGGACCUCCAAGAAAAAGGAGAACCAAGACCUAUGUGUCAAUGUGCCAGGGACUGAGAGCCAGGGACCUGAAAGGAGCUCUGGGUCCCUCUCUAUCCCAGAAUGUGCAAGAGCCAAAAGCACUGGCAAUUCCACUCCAUUUGCCCAAGUCUAGCCAGUCUACCUUCAAGAGUGCCCCUCCCCUAUUUACACUCCAGUAUUUAUUUGUCGACCCCCUUAGAGAGAAGAAGAGAUGAACUUGACAACAGAUGAGUGGGCAAAAGCAAAGGGCCAUGGGAUAAGGGACCAGAGACCAAGACAUUUUUCUGGGGAGAGUCUCUGAAGGCUGAAGGCAGUGGACUUCCAGACUUCUCUCUGCACCAGAGCUUUUGCCAAGGGACAUGGGUGGUGACAACCUGUGUUUAUCUUGGGAUCCACCCAGGAGCCUGUCUGAGCUGUUGCAAAGUCAGAGGAGUUGGCAUUUAUACCUCCUUACAGAGGGAUGCUUUGGGGCAUCUCCAUUAAGAGUCCUGUGUCACCAAGGAAGAAGUUAGGGACAAUGGGUAUGUUGUGAGUUAGAAUACCUGCUUGGUUUCUAAAGCUACUUUUACAGGCAAAAAAAAAAAAAAAAAAAAAAAAAAAAAACCAACUAUGAUAGUGGUUAUUACUUAUUUACCUGUUUUGUUUUAGGAACUAGGAGGGGCAUUUUGGGAUACAAAACUGAAGAAGACAUCUGUAUCAGUCAGGAUGCUAGGCUGCACUUCAAUAACAAACCCCACAAUCAUAGUGGCUGAAAACACUAAGGGUCUCCCACCAAAGCUAUGCUCCCAUCACAGACUAGUAGGGAGGCCCUACUCAUCAUUGUUACAGGGGAUUCCAGGUCGAGGAAUUCAUCUGUGACGUUGUGAAUUGCUGGGUUGGAGGUUAAGAAAAAAAAACAAAAAUCCUUUGGGUGUGGUGGAACACUUCUUUAAUCCCAGCACUCAGGAGGCAGAGGAAGGAGGAUUGCCAUGAGUUCAAGGCCACUCUGAGACUACAUAGUGAAUUCCAGGUCAGCCUGAGCUAGAGUGAAUUCCUACCUCAAAAAACAAAAAAAUCCUCUAGAAGGCCUCCUCCUGGUGAUCAUACUCUGUUCACCCAAGAGACCAGGCAGUGCAACCCUACAUGGUACUUGGUAAAGGACUACCCAUGACAUUGGAACAUAGCAUUAAGCAUGGCAUCGGGGGCUGGAGAGAUGGCUUAGCGGUUAAGUGCUUGCCUGUGAAGCCUAAGGACCCCGGUUCAAGGCUCGAUUCUCCAGGACCCACGUUAGCC